AACGGUAAAGAUGGUGACAGCGGUUUAUUUGUCAGUGCCAUCGGAAUUUAACGAAAAUCUCCACAAUCCGAAUUUUGCGGAUAUAUGUUGUCGACUCAAAAUUAUUUUUUCUUUUAUGUUUCGAUCGAGUCUACCGUAGCCCUGCACGAAUUUAUUAAUAUAGAUUAGGAUACUAUCUAAAUAAGUAAACAUCAUAUUUCGUGACAUCCUUGAAUUAAAAAGUUUGUAAAGAUAUUUUUCGUCGAACAUUUUAUCGUCUUCUAUUUUACCGUCUAGGUUCUGGCGCCAUACUUAUUUAACAAAACAAAAGCUUUCAAAAACAAAAGAUUGCCAAAAAUGAAAAGUAUUUAUGGGAACAAAUCAAUGGCCACAUUCCUAUGUUUUGACAAAUCCUUAUCGUGGGCUCUUCCUUGUCAUUAUUGCAAAACAAUAGAGAUAAAAAUAUAACUGUUUACAAUGAGUCGUCACGGGAUAGAAUUCCCUUAAAUAGUGCUGGACACGGACCAACAGAUAUCAGUUCCUUCAAGGGUUUCGUCAGUAAAGGAUCAAAAUAUACAAAAUCUUAAGAUGUACAAACUAGCACCACUAGUCUUGGCUCUAGCCAUAUCAGCGUUUGCAGCAGAAAUAUCUUCACCAUAUUCACAGAAGAACGAUGCGGUAUUCAAACCUGAAAUCAUUGCUCCUCCUGUGGAAACCCAUGCGGUGGUAAAAGAAAGCAAGAUAGAAUCAGAACAUCCUGUUUAUAGGGGUGACGAAAACCAUCGCGGUAGAGCGAGGAUCGCACCAGUGAGAUCAUUUGGACCUGUGAUCAAACACGAAGGAAUGUUAGCUGACCAACCAGCUCCCACUGAAAUCAAAAGAGGCGAGGAAGUCGGCAUUCUCGAGCAAGACUACAUUCCAGGGGCCUCUGAUGUUUUAUACCCUGAUGUUCCUUAUGCGCCAGCGUACUUGUAUGACACUGGAUACUCAGCAUCCAACCAUUAUGAUGUCAGCAACUACAUGAUAGAUCCUGACUUGUCAACCUUCGGCCUUUUGUGGAGCCAAGUUCCUGAUGCUAGAACUAUGGCUGGCUUUGUAGGUCGUACAUUCGUUUGGGUUUUCAACAGCAUCUUUAUCCUCAUCCUCGGAUCUCUCCUUACGGUCGGCGUUUGUACUUACACGAACUUAUGCAGCAUUGCGUUCCACGGCGUUGGACCUAUCCAUGAGGAAAUGAGAGCAAUGAUGACUCCCGACAGAUUGGAGAAAAUCAGCCAUGCUGCUGACUUCGUGAAGACUGCUAUUGAUAAAUAUCAGAAGAUUCAAAAAGUUACCGACGCUGCUGGCAUGAGAAGGCGCCGCGCUAUUUUUAACUACUAAUCUUUUAAUGAUGGGU